AGAACGCGGUCACACCUCAAAAUAUGCGCGUGUGUGUGUGUGCAGCAGUGCACAGGAAGAAUGUGUAAUUGUUACGAAAAGUCAAAUGGAAGCAAAAUAAUAGUUGCAAGUAGCUUGUAAAAGUGCAAUUGUGCACCAUUGCACCAAGUUAAAAGUUUGAAAGAGAAUCACCGUUGAAAACGGAAUUGUGCAAAAACAAAACAACUUUUGCAUGCAAAUCAAACUUCACCGUCUGAUCGUGAGACCGAGAAUUUGAAGGAAGUUACGAAGUCUAGAUUCCUAGAGAUCUUAGAUCCAACCGCCGAGAUGGGCAAACGCCUCCAACUGGAGCGCCCGACCUCAGAUCGCAGUGCUCGCAAGCGAAAGCGCUCGGCGAUCAAGGCCGCCGAAAAGUGCCAGCGUUUGAGUGGCGGUUCUAACAGCGCGAAUGGCUUCGAGUUUCACGAGAACGACGAUGAGGAGUCCUGCUCAUCGGCAGGAUCCGCUGGCGGCAUGGACGCGGAGCCCCCCACACUACUACACACUCCGCAGGCACGCAGUCUGCUUCUGACGGGUGCCAGCAUCGCCAGCGAUCACAACAACUCCAGUGUGAUGGAAUCACCGCGUCCGGUAUAUACGCUUCGCCCCUCGGUGGUCAAUGGAACCAUACUGAGGGACGUGCUCUCCAAGGCCUGGCGCUUGGGCCGACCCAUAGGCAAGGGUAACUUUGGGGAGAUCUUCCUAGCCUCAGAUGACACUGUAUGUCCGGCCAGUUCAGAGACAGCCAAAUAUGUCGUCAAGAUAGAGCCGCAUUCGAAUGGACCUCUUUUUGUAGAAAUCCAUUGUCUGAUUAACACAUCCCAAAACAAGGAUUUAUCAGUUGUCGGAGACGAUGCUGCCAGUCUACCAGCCCAACACACGCAUGCCCUCAGCAAGGGACCGCCCUCUGGGAUACCCAACUUUAUUGCGUCGGGGACCCACUAUUUUGGAGACGCUCGCUAUCGCUUUCUAGUACUUCCGCGCUUUGAUCGCGACCUUCAUUCGCUGAUCAAAAACUCCAGAGUGCAGCAAAAGUCCCUCCUUGUGCUUGCUGUACAUAUAAUCAAUGUCUUAGAAAAUCUGCACGAUAAGGGUUAUUGUCAUAAUGAUAUCAAGGCCCAGAACCUGAUGGUGUCCAAGUGCAAAUACCUUAGAAAGCAACUAGUGUCCAAGGGAAAUGGUUACGACGAGCAUUACGAAGAGAAGCAACAGACCACUGACAGUGGAAACAGCUCGGAGCAAGAAACCAAUGACGAUGACUACUUCCUAAAGAAUGAAAAGUUUGCCCUAAAGAAAAUUGCAAAUAUAAAGCAGGACGAAGAUGAAGAUGACGAAGACUUUGAUGAUGGCGCCACAUCGAAUAGCAACAAUAGUAACAGCCUGGAUAUCUACAACACACCUGUGAACAAAAAGCGAUCCGUACGUAGUACAGUUCAGUUCAGCGGCUCUAAUCCGGUGCGGUCUUGUCGUCGCGAGAAGCGCAACUCCAUGUACGAGGAGAUGGUCAAGUCACACUAUCUGCGCCCCACUAAGCGUAUUAGCUACCGCGAAGAGUUUAAUGAGGAAGGGUAUCCUAAGGCGACAACGGAAAACAGUGAUGAGUCACCGGAAUCGUCUGAUAACGAGUCGGAAGAGUUUAUUCCUCCAUCAUCCCGCCGGUCUACUAUCAAAAGAGGAAGGAGAGCUCAGAUAGCCAGUCCGAAAAAGGUUUCGACAAGGGCCACGCGCAACCAGGAGAAGCCAAAAAAGGAGUCAAACGCUGAUCAUAAAGUGCGUAGCAAGGGGGGCAAGCACUCGGACAGCAUCCCAGCUGAAUACAAGUUCCUACCCACCGAGGAGGAACAUGUUUUCCUCAUCGACUUUGGUCUUGCGUCCAAGUACCAGGAUCGCGGAGUCCAUCGUCCUUUCAUCAUGGAUCAGCGAAGAGCGCACGACGGCACCCUAGAAUUCACAUCACGCGACGCUCACCUGGGCGCCCAUUCGCGUAGAAGUGAUCUUGAAUGCCUCGGUUAUAACCUUCUGUAUUGGUCGGAAGGUUAUCUGCCCUGGAAGGACGUCGCUCAGCAGCAGCAACAGGAGAAAGUGCACCGCGCCAAGGAACUGUUUAUGACAGACGUGCCCGAGAUGCUCCGACAGUUUUACGGCAAGCAAGUUCCUAAAUAUUUGGGAGAGUUCCUGCUGCAGAUCAGUCAACUAGCCUACCAGGAGCGACCUGACUACGAACGUUAUCGCAAAAUCUUUAAGCGCGAAUAUCAACGGCUAGGUUACGACCCCAGCGAAAUGCGUCUGAGCAGCGAUGAGAUCCACCGCACACGUAUUUCAACCAAGGAUUUGGUGGAUGGCAGCAGGUGCGACAUCUUCGAGCUGAAUAACAAAAUAGCCACUAAUGUGAUGCGCAACUCCACGCUUAGUACUCCGUUCCAGGAGCAUUCGCUCACGAACCGCGUAUCACCCAAAAAUCUGCGUUCCAAGUCGAAUAAGAAAACGACAAAAAAGAAAUUCUCGUGGGCGGAAGUUCUUUCACAGGAUCCCGAUCAAAUAGCCCGCGAACGGGCAGUCAAGGAGUUUGAGCGGGAGGAGUCUAUUUGUCCGCUGGAAUCCCGUCUUCCAAGGCGUUACGAGGGCAAGCCCACGUACGCGAUACUAGCCAUGGAGCAGAGUCGUCGCGAAAAGGGUUUGGUUGUCCAAGAGCAUAAUGAUGAGGAGGAAGACAAUGAAGAAGAGAACCAGGAAGCACAGGAUGACCAAGAGGAGGACGAUGAGGAUGAAAAUAGCAAUGAAGGCGAGGAUGAAUCGGAUGGCGUAACGGAGAGCAAUUGCUCCGAUCAUUCCCAGAAACCUGCGCGGGGUCGACCCAAGGGAUCCACCAAGAAGCGAAUCACCAGCAAGCAGAUCCAGGCGCAUCAUAAUCAAUCUCCACAGAAGGCCAUUCGUGGAGUGGGCCGACCAAACAAGAACUCGGGAGUCGUCAGAUUCGCCGCAGGAGCUGUCAGCAAGAGCCGCUCCACCCCUCUUUCGGCAGUGGCCAGUAACAAACGUGGCUGCGCCACACGCAAAGAGAAUUCCACUCUGGCAUCGGCCACCGGCGAAGGGGAACGAAUAUUGAAGUCGAGCCGUACGCGCAGAGCUCUUUAUAAGACUGAACCCAAACACGGCGAGCAUGAUGCGUUGAACAACUCGAGCCUGGUCGAAGUGCAGAACCUGUUCGUCGAAUACGAUGACGAGAAUAACUAUUGCAAAGGUCGAAGUGUCCACUCGUCCAGGCACUGUCGUAAAUGAUUACCAGCUGACAAUUAGGAUUUGAAACUAAGGACGAUUAUUAGGAAGUCAGACAACAUGAGGAGAAGAAAACAGAAUAGAGAAGCAGAACAGAUGAAACCUAGAUUCGCUUUCAAGUAUUUUUUAGUGAUAGUUAAGAUACGAACAGGACAGAACCUACUUAUAUACAAAUUUCGGACCUAGCUAGUUAGACCGACAUUUAUGAUGUGUAAUUUUGGUUUUUAAACAUUUAAUCGAUAAGUUGUAAUGUUUUUCUGAUUGGCACUCUCAGCUCCAUAGGGAAGAAGUUGUUGAAUUAUCCUUUAUACCAUGUAGUACCCAGUUGUAAGAGAUGUUUGUGUGUUAAAUCGGUGCCCAGGAGCAGUGCACCAUUGGCCUUUAUAGCAAAUCCUUGAUUUUUAAAUUUUUAGUUUUAAACCUAUCGAUGUUAGUUUUGUUAGUUUAUAUUACAUAUUACAGAUUUACCAACCGUUUCACCCACAUUUCAUGCAACCAGGUACAUACUCUCCUCAAAAAGUAUUUAAUAUAACUAGAUAAUGGUUAUUUCAUAAACAUGAUAAAAUUCUAAGUUAGGAUAUAUGCGUGUAUAAAAACAGCGGAAAUAAAUAAAAUAGAAUUGUAUUUCCUUAACAAUUAA